CUUUGUUUUCUUUUGCCAUCUCCAUUGACGCGUUGAGGGGACAGUCCAUGGGCAGCUCGUAGAGUAGACGCGCCUUCACCGGCUCGCGUAGUUAAAGCGGCGCUUUCUUUCCUCUUUCUUUCUUUCUUUCUUUAAUCGCUUCUCUAUUGGCAUGAAUACUAGUUUGUGGUGGUUGAACUCUUGUUGCGAGAUUCUCCCGUCAUUCCUCUUCUCAAUCGUGUUGGCACUGGAAGGAACUGGAGGAUCAGGGCUGGAGUGCUCACUCGGAUGCCAGUUGGACCGAUUCUUUACUACAGGAGCGAAAUGCCGGUCAGAUUUUAGGCGACUUGUUAAUCUAAGAUCUGCUGAUAAUUGAGCUAUUUGUUCUGCGGAUCUGAUUAAAGGUUGGAUUGGGUUUGGAAACUGCAAUGGAGGCUGACGGAGAAAAAGGGAAACCUGCAAAGCACUCUAGCGGCCAUGUGUGCCAAAUUUGUGGUGAUGGUGUGGGCACAACAGUGGAUGGUGAUCUAUUCGUUGCCUGUGACAUUUGUGGGUUUCCUGUCUGCAGGCCUUGCUAUGAGUAUGAGAGGAAGGAUGGGAAACAGUCGUGUCCCCAGUGCAAGACCAAGUACAAGAGACACAAAGGAAGCCCUCCUAUUUAUGGAGAGGAGGAUGACGAUGCUGAUGUUGAUGAUGUGAGAGAUUUCAAUUAUCCAACUGGAAAUCAGGAUCAGAAGCCAAAGAUUGCUGAACGCAUGUUGGGUUGGCAGCAUGAGCAAGGGGAAGAUAUUGGUCCAAAAUAUGAUAGUGGAGAACUCCCUCAGAAUCACAUGCCCUUGCUGGCUCAUAAGCAGGGGCUAUCAGGGGAACUUCCAAUGCAAUCACCUGAUCAUAUGAUGUCCUCUGGAGGUGGAAAACAUGUUCAUCCUCUACCUUUCCGGUCACCUAACACAUCCAGAGAAUUUGGCAAUGUUGCCUGGAAAGAGAGAGUUGACGGAUGGAAGAUGAAGCAUGACAAAAAUGGUGUGGCAAUGACCAAUGGUACUAGUCACCCACCUUCUGAAGGCAGGGGAGUUGGGGAUAUUGAUGCAUCUACUGAUUAUAAUAUGGAUGAUGCUUUAUUAAAUGAUGAAGCCCGUCAGCCUCUUUCUAGGAAAGUGCCAAUUUCAUCUUCCAAGAUAAAUCCAUACAGGAUGGUGAUUGUGUUACGUCUUGUUAUACUCUGUGUUUUCCUCCAUUAUCGAAUCACAAAUCCUGUCCGCAAUGCAUAUGCUUUAUGGCUAUUAUCUGUAAUAUGUGAGAUAUGGUUUGCUAUUUCUUGGAUAUUGGAUCAGUUCCCCAAGUGGUUCCCUGUGAAUCGUGAAACUUAUCUUGACAGACUGUCCAUAAGAUAUGACAGAGAAGGUGAACCAUCAGAGCUGGCUGCUGUUGACAUUUUUGUCAGUACAGUUGAUCCUCUAAAAGAGCCUCCUCUUGUCACAGCCAACACUGUAUUAUCAAUCCUGGCUGUAGACUACCCUGUUGAUAAGGUCUCUUGCUAUGUUUCUGAUGAUGGUGCCGCUAUGCUCACAUUUGAAGCACUCUCUGAAACUUCAGAGUUUGGAAGGAAAUGGGUUCCUUUCUGUAAGAAAUACAGCAUUGAGCCUCGGGCUCCUGAAUGGUAUUUCUCGCAGAAAAUUGAUUACCUCAAGGAUAAAGUUCAACCUUCAUUUGUGAAAGAUCGCAGAGCAAUGAAGAGGGAAUAUGAAGAAUUUAAAAUCCGUAUCAAUGGCCUUGUUGCAAAAGCACAAAAAGUUCCUGACGAAGGGUGGAUCAUGCAGGAUGGCACACCAUGGCCUGGGAAUAACACAAGAGAUCACCCUGGAAUGAUCCAGGUGUUCUUGGGCCAUAGUGGAGGGCUUGACACUGAAGGCAAUGAACUUCCCCGUUUAGUCUAUGUAUCACGUGAGAAACGCCCAGGUUUCCAACAUCACAAAAAGGCUGGUGCUAUGAAUGCUCUUGUACGUGUGUCAGCAGUCCUUACUAAUGGACCUUUCAUGUUGAAUCUUGAUUGUGAUCAUUACAUAAACAACAGCAAGGCUUUGAGAGAAGCAAUGUGCUUCCUUAUGGAUCCAAAUCUUGGUAGGCAAGUUUGUUAUGUACAAUUCCCUCAGAGGUUUGAUGGUAUCGACAAGAAUGAUCGAUAUGCCAAUUGUAAUACUGUGUUUUUCGAUAUUAAUUUGAGAGGUCUCGAUGGUAUCCAAGGUCCAGUUUAUGUUGGUACUGGUUGUGUCUUCAACCGAACAGCUUUGUAUGGUUAUGAACCUCCUAUCAAGAAUAAGAACAAAUUGAAGACCUUCUCUUUUUGCUGUGGAGGCUCUCAUAAAAAGAAAUCUAAAUCAAGCAAAAAAAAUUCAGAUAAGAAAAGGUCAAACAAGCAUAUGGAUAAUACUGUGCCAAUAUUUAAUCUUGAAGAUAUAGAAGAGGGAGUUGAAGGUGUUGGCUUUGAUGAUGAAAAGUCAUUGCUGAUGUCACAAAUGAGUCUGGAGAAAAGGUUUGGUCAAUCAGCAGUCUUUGUUGCCUCAACAUUGAUGGAACAUGGCGGUGUUCCUCAGUCUGCAACUCACGAGUGUCUUUUGAAAGAAGCCAUCCAUGUCAUCAGCUGUGGUUAUGAGGAUAGGACAGAAUGGGGAACUGAGAUUGGAUGGAUUUAUGGUUCUGUGACAGAGGAUAUUCUCACUGGAUUCAAGAUGCAUGCUCGCGGUUGGAAGUCCAUAUACUGCAUGCCCGAGCGCCCAGCAUUCAAAGGUUCUGCUCCUAUCAAUCUUUCAGAUCGUCUGAACCAAGUGCUUCGAUGGGCCUUGGGGUCUGUUGAGAUUCUCUUCAGCCGUCAUUGCCCAAUAUGGUACGGGUACGGAGGACGAUUGAAGUUCUUGGAAAGAUUUGCAUACAUCAACACCACCAUUUACCCAUUGACUUCAGUUCCCCUACUAUUGUAUUGUACACUUCCUGCCAUUUGUCUACUCACCGGAAAAUUCAUUAUCCCCCAGAUUAGUAAUGUUGCAAGUAUCUGGUUCAUUUCUCUCUUCAUUUCCAUUUUCGCCACCGGCAUUCUGGAAAUGCGAUGGAGUGGUGUUGGAAUCGAUGAAUGGUGGAGGAACGAACAGUUUUGGGUCAUCGGUGGUGUCUCAGCUCAUCUCUUUGCUGUCUUCCAAGGUCUUCUCAAAGUUCUUGCUGGUAUCGACACCAACUUCACUGUUACAUCCAAAGCUUCUGAUGAAGAUGGGGACUUUACGGAGCUCUACAUGUUCAAAUGGACCACUCUUUUGAUACCGCCGACAUCCCUUCUCAUUGUCAAUUUCGUCGGUGUGGUGGCGGGCAUCUCCUAUGCGAUAAACAGUGGAUACCAAUCUUGGGGUCCUCUCUUUGGGAAGCUCUUCUUCGCCUUCUGGGUGAUUGUUCACUUGUAUCCCUUCCUCAAGGGCCUUAUGGGGAGGCAAAACCGCACACCGACGAUCGUCGUGGUUUGGUCCAUUCUCCUUGCGUCCAUCUUUUCCUUAUUGUGGGUCCGUAUUGAUCCAUUCACGACUCGGGUAACUGGACCCGAUGUGCAGAAAUGCGGCAUCAACUGCUAGAGAAUGCAUCACAAAAACUAACUAGACUAGACUGAAUUCUGUACAAGUUUUAUGCAUAUCAAGUAUGUGAAGACACUUUAAAUUAAAUUGUUAAUAUUUUUAUUAUUGGUUUACUAACUCUGUUUGUCUUUUGAAUGUGGACAAUCUUAUUAAAUUCAGUUUCAUUUUGGCAUAA